AUGUCAGUUAUAGCCGUCGCAGGCGGCACCGGUGGAGUGGGCAAGACAAUUGUCGACGUCCUAACACAGCAAGCGAAGCAUCAAGUCAUUGUUUUGACCCGCAAGGCGCAAGAAAACAAUCAAAUUCUAUCCCGGGUGAAGCAAGUUGAAGUUGAUUACGCAAACAUCCCCUCUAUCACACACAUUCUCAAUGAGCAUAAAGUCCAUACCAUCAUCUCGGCAAUAUCGUUGUACGGGGAGGAAGACAGUGUAUCUCAAUUGAACUUGAUUCGGGCUGCUGAGGAUGCUGCUGAAACAAGGAGGUUCAUUCCGAGUGAGUACUCGUUUGUUCAGACGGAAGACCUCAUCCCCCUGGACCCCAGCAUAAAGUAUUUUCUCGACGCAGCGAACCUGCUCAAAGCAAGCAGCACACUACAGUUCACCCGGGUGAUCCCGGGCUUCUUCAUGGACUACUGGGGCAUGCCGCAUGUGAAGACUCAACUCUCACCAAUGACGAUCGCAGUAGACAUGGCAAACUGCGAGGCUGCUAUACCUGGUGACGGGAACGACAUUAUUGCCAUGACAUAUUCCUAUGAUAUGGCGAGGUUCAUUGCGCGCUUGCUUGAAAGCGAGAAAUGGGAGGAGUUCAGUGUUGUUGUUGGCGAUGAGACUACAUAUAAUCAGCUGGUCAAGAUUGGGGAACGGGUAAGGGGCCGCAAAUUCAAGGUGCUAUAUGAUAGUGCGGACAAGGUGGAAGAGGGCGCUGUUACUGUUCCCACUCAACCGGAGGGAAUUGGAUAUAGCAAGGAGGAGCUGGAGGAGACGACUGCGCUAAUGGAUAGACUCGUGAUCGGGAAGGUGUUUGACUUUCCGGCUGCUAUCCGGUCGAGAAACGUCGAGGGUCUGGGGUUGGUUAAAGUAGAGGAUCUCGUGAAGGAGGCGUGGGGGGGGAAAGCGUAG